AUGGCUGCAAACACCAAUCAAAUUACGGUCACUCUGCGCCAAGUUGCCAAGAUGAUCGACCAUUCUCUACUUCACCCUACAAUGACGGAUGCCGAUAUCCUCAAUGGUCUCGCUAUUUCCAAGAAAUACAGCGUCGCUACCGCCUGCGUAAAGCCCUAUCUGAUCCCGCUCGCCAAACAGGAACUUGCAGGUUCGGAUGUCCUGGUCUGCCCUGUCAUUGGCUUCCCUCAUGGAAACAGCACGACUGCGGUAAAGGUAUUCGAGGCUGACGCGGCUGCCGCUGCGGGCGGCAAGGAGAUUGACAUGGUCAUCAACAUCGGAAAAGCGAUGAGUGGUGACUGGGAUUACGUGGCGGACGAAAUUCGCCAAAUCAAUGACGCCGUGCUGAAGCAAGGUGCAAUCUUGAAAGUCAUUUUCGAGAACGAUUACCUUACGGACGAUCAUAUCGUUCAGCUCUGCAAAAUCUGCUCCGACAUUGGAGUGGGAUUUGUCAAGACGUCUACCGGCUAUGGCUUCGUGAAGCAGCCCAAUGGACUAUACUCUUACAAGGGUGCGACAGUACCUCAUUUGAAGCUCAUGCGGGCAGAAUCAAAGCCGGAGGUACAAGUCAAGGCUGCUGGAGGCGUCCGAACGUUGGAUGAUUUGCUGCACGUCAUGUCACUGGGCGUAACUCGCAUUGGCGCUACCGCCACAGUUGCGAUUAUGGAAGAGGCAGCGAAGCGAGGCAUCACAGACCAACCCACAACUGUGCAGUUCAAGCCCAUCGAGGAGGAUGUAGCCGGUGGCUAUUAG